GGCACUCGGUCAAGUACCCAGAAAACGCUUAACAGUUAAACGAACGGCGGCGCUGCCGCUGGUACUGCUGCUAUUCCAACUGAGUUGUAACACUGAGGAGAUCCGAUUAUCGGUGAAUAUUGCGUAACGAAAUAUAAAGGAAAUGGAGUGAAAGUGCCGGGUACCGUGUCAAAUUUUCGAUCAUCGUUAACCCACCAGCGCCCCACCAUAGUAGGGUAAGGUACUCACUGUACCGUAACAACAACAACAACAACAACGACAACAACAAGAACCAUGAGCGUCGCAAUGGCAAUAUCGAUGGACUCCGGAUACGGAAUGCGGCUUUACGGGGUGCCGGAGAACCGGGGUCAGGAUGGACACCGGCAGCUUCAGGGUGAAAACCGGGAUCAGCGUCGCCAGCAGAUGACCGAUCAACCUCCGCUCAGGUUCAGCGUCCUCAACAUUCUUCAGCCCGACUUUGGAAGACAGGCGAUCCUCAGCACUACGCGGCCACUUCCGGUACCAAGGGACCUCAGCCUGACCUCGUCGGUGACGCGGCUGUCUUCGCACUCUCCGACAUCGCCGAGUUACGCCGGCAUCCACGUCUCCAGGGACCGGGACCGGGAACGGGACCGGGACGGCGUUUCUUCGGGUGGUCUCAGCAGGAGCGGAAGCCUCGAAAGCCUCGCGAGCAGCCGCAGCUCGAUGACCGGAUCAUCGGCGACCGGAACGCCGUCUUUGUCUUCGGUCGGUGCGGAAUCUGUGAACGGUGAGAGCGGAACUUCCGGUGGAACCACCGCCGCCUCCCAUAAUUCGGGGGCCUCUCAGAGUCUCUGGCCUGCCUGGGUUUACUGCACGAGAUACUCCGACCGGCCUUCUUCCGGUCCGCGAACGAGGCGAGUUAAGCGAUCGAGUACCGGAGACAAGAACGCGUCUCCGGAAGAAAAGAGGCCGAGGACGGCGUUCAGCGCCGAGCAGUUGGCGAGGCUGAAGCAGGAGUUCAGCGAGAAUCGAUACCUGACCGAAAGACGGAGGCAGCAGUUGUCGAGAGACCUUGGACUGAACGAGGCGCAGAUAAAAAUUUGGUUCCAGAACAAACGGGCCAAGAUCAAGAAGUCAACGGGGCAAAAGAACCCCUUGGCUCUUCAGCUGAUGGCUCAGGGUCUCUACAACCAUUCGACGGUCCCGGUUGACGAGGACGGCGAAGAAUUGAUCCCGGAUGAAAAAAAGUCAUGAAGACCUUACAACCACGAUCGAGUGUGGAGAGCAGCAGCGUUAAUUUCCAUUUCGGGAAAUCACGAUGAUGAUAAGAAUAAUCGCGAUCUUUGGACGAGAUAUGAAGCGAUCCUCUGUGAUUCGGUCUUUUCGCUACCUAAGGAUGAUCGAUUUUCCGUUCAAAAGACCCUGCCGAUUGAACGCCGUCGCUAAAUUCUUUGCACGAAGAUAUUUUCGAUGCAGAUGAACAAGAAUUUGAGCAAGCGGCAAUUAGGUUUGCCCUUGGAGGUCGGAUAUCAGUUUUGAAAGAAUGAUUUCUUUUCAACUUACGAUACAAAGAAGAAUAGGGAAAGAUAAUUUAAUAUACGUAUAUAGAUGAAUCGGCGAGAUAAGGAUUAAAAAAACAUUUUGCAAUAUAUAUUGGAAUGUAUAUAAAUAGCAAUAUUUUUUUUUUAUACAAAUCUUAAAGUUUAUUGAAGAAAAAGAAUGGAAGAAAAAAAAUACGAUAUUAAUUUUCUUUAUAUUCAAAAUUUUAUCCCACAUUACUGUUUUGAGUAGGAAAAAAAGAGAAAUACCGGAGAUUAACGUGUAGAUAUAACAUAUUGUAUAUAUACAAUACGAAUUGCGUAUAUUUGAUAGACUGAAAAACUGUAAAACGAAUUUUGUUUUGUUAUCUAUAAUAGAAUACCUAUUUAACGUGUAUAGGGUGAUAAUUUUGAGGUGCAGAAGGAACGAACGUAUGAUGGAUAAAAAAACGAGAGAGAGAGAGAGAGAGAGAGAGGGAUUUGAGCACCGUUCGACAGACUUGAUAAUUUAAAUUGAUAAACAUAUUAUAUUAUUAUCACUAUUAUUAUUGCUAUUAUUAUUAUUAUAUUACAUGCGUAAUGUACAAUGUACAUAUAUACUGAUAAGGCGUAUUUAUUUGCCCUGUAUAAAGAAAGGAGGAAGUGAAAAAAAAGCAAAAAGAUUAAGGAAAAAUAAAUUUAACCGAAAAGUUUGAGGGAGGGGGGGAAAAAAUAACUUUGUAAAUAUGCCGCAUAUUUAAAGGUAUACAUGUCCACUCGUGUACCGAUAAAUGACAAGUUAUACGAGUGUGGUUUGUGUACUUAUAAGAGGAUUAAGUAAUUACAUAUUACGUAUGUCACGAGACGUAUUAUAUUAUGCCAACGUUCAAUUCGCGAUUAUACGUUACAUGUGUGUACGGGAAUAGGUAUAGGUAUACCACUCGCGUCUACACGCGUGCAUGCGUUUUAUACACACUUGGGUCUAAUGUCGAGAGUUUAUAGCACUCGUCGCGCGAAACGAACGCAAGGAAAUUAUAUCCACACGGUCAACGUAAGCCCUCUAUUUGUGCAUGUGUACGUUGCAUAUUGUUACAAUAAUAUUAGUUUAUACAUACAUAUAUAUAUACAUAUAUAUAUACGUAUAUAUAUAUUUAUAUUUAAUAUUUGAAACGAUCUCAAUUGUAAAUACAGACAUUAUAUCGUACGCAACGUCGUUUGUACUUCGUAUAUAUAUACUCGCUUAGGUAUUACAUACUACAUACAUGUAGUACGUAUAUCACCACCGUUUUGUUAUUUCGUCGAGUUGUAAUUACAUCGUGAAACUUUUAGCGUACGUGUGUAUAUAUAUGUAUAUAUAUAGAUGUACCUGUAUAGGAUACGUGAUGAAUAACGAUCAUUAAACGAUAUACUGCAUACUGUUACAUUAAUUUGAAAAAUUUCUCU